AUGUUCAGUUCAGAAGUACCGUAUUGGCAAAGAUGGGUUUGUCAGAAACCAUACAAGCUUUGAGAAAAGGAGAAGGAUUUGGCGACAUUGCAUUUGUCAAGGAAAUUUUGAGCUACAAUGAGUUCUUCCAGUCAUAUUUGUUGCCGAACAGACCUUGUUUGCUUGACAAGCACGCCACAGAAAAUUGGCGAAGUGUCCAAGAAUGGGUGCGAGAAGACGGUACACCAAACUUUGAAUAUAUUGAGGCAACAUUUGGCAAUGCCACUGUUCCUGUUGCUAAUUGUGGUAAAGAGAAAUAUUAUGCCCAACCCAAGGAAGACUAUAAGAUGUCAGACUACAUCAACUACUGGAAGAAGCAUAUUGAGAUGGACUAUAGGUCUUCAGAAGGAAGCCUCUAUCUCAAAGACUGGCAUUUUACUAAAGAUGACCAACAAGGGGAUGACUAUCGUUUUGUCUACAUGGGACCUAAAGGUUCAUGGACACCAUUCCACGCAGACGUGUUCCGCUCUUACAGCUGGUCAGCCAACAUCUGUGGCAAGAAAAGAUGGCUCUUCUAUCCUCCUGGUGCUGAAGACAAUCUCAGGGAUACCCUGGGCAACCUUGCUUAUGACCUCACCUCCCCAGAAAUGGACGAUCCCAAGAAAUACCCCCACCGUCACAAGGUGGGGGAGCCCUUAGAGGUCAUCCAGGAGGCGGGGCAGGUCAUCUUUGUUCCUAGUGGCUGGCAUCACCAAGUUUUUAAUCUUGAGGAUACUAUAUCCAUCAAUCACAAUUGGCUGAACGGUUGCAAUCUAGACAUCACGUGGAGGUUCUUGCAGUCUGAACUCCAGGCUGUCAAGAAAUCAAUUGAAGACUGCAAAGACAUGGAGGGAUGGGCAGAACAAUGUCAGCUCAUCAUGAAAGCCAGUACUGGGAUGGACUAUGCAGAGUUCUUCAACUAUCUUCAUAUCAUAUCAUCACGGAGGUUGCAAUCAUGCAGUCAAAGUAAAAUCAAGUCUACCAACAUUACAUCAAACACAGAUGGAUGUGAUAUUCCAAUUGCAGAUUCCCUAAGGACACAGCAUCACCAUGUUGGUUCAUGUGCUCAUGAAUCAAAUGAAAACACUCCAGUGCUAACAAAUAUUGGUGAUGACGCGUCGAGUGUGAACCAUUUUGUAUUUGAUCUGUCGAGGAUACAGGAGGUAUUAGAGGACAUGGUGGAAAAUGAGGACUUUAGAGAGAUAGACUUUACCAAGCUUCUUUUAAAACCAGAUGAUCUGUUGCAAGCGAUAAGAACUGAAUUGAACACUUCGUGA